AUGAAAGAAUUUAUUUUUCAAAUCAAGAGCCGAAAUAUCACCAGCACCGGGCUUUCGUUGAUAUCUAAGACCGGGUUAGAAAAACCAGAAGAACACUGCGACGUCGACCGAACAAUCCACAAACUGGCAAGCCGCCUUUCGCGACACACCGUGGGCUCGGAUGUGGCCAAUCCCUACAACAACAUCUUCCAUCCUCUGCCAGACUCGGAGCUUGAUCCACAUUCCUCCAGCUUUGAUACUAGGGCUUGGGUUGAGGCGCUCGUUCGAUACGAGAGCAAGGAUCCCGACUCGAGAAAGCGCCGGAAGUCCGGUGUCGCCUUCCGAAAUGUUGAUGUAUUUGGAUUCGGUAUGGCUGCCGAUUACCAGAAGAGUGUGGGAAAUAUCCUUCUGUCUCUGAUGACACAACGGCGCAAGCGACGGGUUGAUAUCCUGCACGGCUUCGAAGGGUUGGUUAACGCCGGCGAGAUGCUAUUGGUACUUGGGCCUCCGGGCUCGGGAUGCUCGACCUUGUUGAAAACGAUCGCUGGGAGAAUGGAAGGUUUGACUUUGGGGGAUCAAGUUAUGAUGAACUAUCGAGGUGUCUCUAGCAAAGAGAUGCAAACUUACUUUCGAGGGGAGGCGAUUUUCGCUGGCGAAAACGAUGUGCAUUUCCCAAUGUUGUCUGUGGGAGACACACUUUCUUUUGCAGCCCACGCCAGAGCACCACGAGAGUUGCCGGCUGGGCUAAAGGCCGGGGAAUUUUCCAUGCUUGUGCGGGACGCCAUCAUGGCCAUGUUCGGGAUCUCGCAUACAGCGAACACGGUUGUCGGGAAUGACUUCAUCCGGGGCAUCAGUGGGGGAGAGCGAAAACGUGUGAGCAUUGCUGAAGCAUUGCUGAGCGAUGCUGCUUUGCAAUGUUGGGAUAACAGUACGCGCGGACUGGACAGCGCCAAUGCAAUCGAGUUCUGCAGAACGCUUCGCACGGCCACUGAGCUUUUGCAAUCUACUGUUCUGGUUUCCCUCUACCAGGCGCCCCAGGAGGCAUAUGAUCUUUUCGACAAAGUUACGGUUCUAUACGAAGGACGGCAGAUCUUCUUCGGGCAGGCAUCUGAAGCACGCGCAUACUUUGAAGAUUUGGGUUUUGAGUGCCCUGACCGACAGACAACGCCGGAUUUUCUCACCUCGAUGACCAGCCCUAAGGAACGUCUGGUGCGCCCAGGAUUUGAAAAUAAAGCUCCACGCACAGCAGUAGAAUUUGAGAAGACAUGGAACAACAGCCAGCAGAAAAAGCAGCUCACGCUUCAAAUUGAGGCUUACCAAGUUAAAUACAGCCUGGCAGGCGAGUGUCUGGAUGAGUUUGUGGCCUCGCGCACGGCCCAACAGGCAAGUGGCCAAAGAAUGAAAUCACCCUAUACCCUUUCAUACAUGCAACAGAUAUCUCUCUGUCUUUGGCGUGGGUGGAAGCGCCUGUUUGCGGAUCCCUCCUUGACAUAUAUUCAACUUGGAGGCAAUACAAUUAUGGCUUUGGUCUUGGGAAGCAUUUUUUUCAAUCUACACAGCGACACGAACAGCUUCUAUGGACGAGGAGGAUUGAUUUUUUUUGCUUUGCUGCUCAGUGCAUUUUCUAGUGUCCUCGAGAUCUUGACACUCUAUGAGCAACGACCGAUUGUAGAAAAACACAAUCAGUUCGCUCUCUAUCACCCAUCUGCCGAGGCCGUUGCCAGCAUGUUAACUGACAUCCCGUAUAAAGUACUCAACACGCUGUGCUUCAAUCUCACCUUAUAUCUUAUGGCAAACCUACGUCGAGAAGCCGGGCCUCUCUUCUUUUUCCUUUUUGUCGCCUUCCUCAGCACAAUGGUGACAUCCAGUCUAUUCCGAACGAUUGCAUCUGUGUCACGUACCAUGUCACAGGCGAUGGUGCCAGCCGCCCUACUAGUGCUGGGCUUGAUUAUGUACACUGGGUUUACAAUGCCAACCAUGUAUAUGCCUGGAUGGUCUCGGUGGAUGGCCUAUGUCAAUCCACUCAGUUAUGCUUUUGAGUCUCUUAUGAUCAAUGAGUUCUACGGCCGCAAUUUCUCAUGCUCGGUUGUCAUUCCCUCGGGGCCAGACUACAGCACCAUCGGCAUCAAUAACCAGGCUUGCGCAGAGGUUGGAAACAAGCCCGGCUCGACAACAAUCCAGGGAGAUGUAUACAUCAUCGACAAGUUCCAGUACUAUCUUUCCAACAAAUGGCGUAAUGUUGGAAUCCUCAUCGCCUUCUGGGUUGUUUUCACAGUCACGUACCUGGCCGCGACUGAGCUUCUUAACAUGGCAAAGAGUAAGGGUGAGGUUCUUAUCUUUCGUCGUAGCCAUUUUGUCGACAAAGGUUCAACACUCCGAAUGGCCGAUAUCAAUGACAAAGAGGCCCUCGGGGCCGAAAUGGCCACGGUGGUGCACUCAGCAGUUGCAGCCGACGAGACGCAGGCUUUCUCUCCACAUGAGGGCAAGAUCUUUCAAUGGAAAGACGUGUGCUAUGAUAUCAAAAUCAAAGGAGAAUUCAGGCGCAUCCUUGACCACGUUGAUGGAUGGGUCCAACCUGGAACCCUGACUGCUUUGAUGGGUGUUUCCGGUGCUGGCAAAACAACUUUACUUAAUGUUCUUGCCAACCGUGUCACCACUGGUGUCGUCACCGGCACUAUGUUCGUCGAUGGCAAACCUAGCGAUGCGUCCUUCCAGCGAAAAACAGGCUACGUUCAGCAACAAGAUGUUCAUCUCUCCACAUGCAGUGUGCGCGAGUCACUUAAUUUCAGUGCACUUCUCCGCCAGCCCGCAAACGUAUCACAGCAUGAAAAGCUCGGAUAUGUGGAUGAAGUGAUCAGACUCCUCGAGAUGGAAGAGUACGCAGAUGCCAUAAUUGGUAUUCCUGGUGAAGGUUUGAACAUCGAGCAGCGUAGACGUCUCACCAUCGGUAUCGAGCUUGCUGCAAAGCCUGAGUUACUUCUAUUUCUGGACGAGCCAACCUCUGGACUAGACUCACAGACGUCGUGGGCGAUUUGCCAACUUCUAAAACGACUCGCACGCAGCGGCCAGGCGAUCUUGUGUACGAUCCACCAGCCAUCUGCAGUUCUGUUCCAGCAAUUCGACAAUCUGCUGCUUCUAGCUAAAGGUGGCCAAACCGUGUACUUUGGAGAAAUUGGCGAAGACUCGGCCACACUCAUUCAGUAUUUAGAGUGCAAUGGAGCCAGCCAAUGUCCUCCGGGCGCUAAUCCAGCGGAGUGGAUGUUAACUGUAAUUGGCGCUGCGCCAGGUUCGCAUACCACUGUCGACUGGCCAAAGGUUUGGCGAGACUCGCAUCAAUAUCAUUCUGUCAGGAAGAGGUUGCAUGAGCUUCAGACCUCCAGGACUACCAUAGGGGGCAGCUUACCAAUGCAGCCAUCCAGUAAGUCAAACAAGGGAUCCUAUGCGGCAUCAUUUUUGGUGCAGUGGUGGCUCGUUCAAAAUCGUGUCGCGGCGCAAUACUGGCGAACACCGUCAUAUAUCUAUUCCAAAAUUGCCCUCACGGUGGCUUCGGUUAGUAUCUUCCAGAUCGAAUCAUCCUAUGUCGGAAGUCAUAAGCACAUUUCAUAUCUGACUCAUGUUCAUUUGCUGCAGGCUCUUUUCAUUGGAUUUAGCUUUUAUCACGCACCGAACACCAUCCAAGGACUCCAAAACCAGAUGUAUGCCGUGAUGAUGCUAUUGAGCAUGUUUGGACAACUCAGCGAGCAAAUUAUACCUCAAUUCAUCAACCAGCGAGAGGUUUAUGAAGCGCGCGAGAGGCCAUCUAAGAUAUACGAUUGGAAAGUCCUGAUUCUGAGCAACCUCGUGAUCGAGAUCUUCUGGAACACCCUGAUGGCAGGGCUCGCCUAUUUCUGCUGGUAUUAUCCCAUUGGACUAUAUCAGAACGCCUCUUCCACGGAUGAAGCCAUCUCGCGUGGUGCUCUGGCGUUCUUGUUUAUCUGGGAAUUUAUGAUGUUCACCAGCACAUUCACACACAUUCUCAUUGCUGGAAUUGACAGCGCUGAGUCUGCUGGGAGUGUUGGGAAUAUCUGCUAUAUGCUGUGUAUCUCAUUCUGCGGAAUCCUUGUUAAGAAGGUUUCUCUGCCCGGGUUCUGGACGUUCAUGUACUACAUAUCCCCAUUCACGUGGCUUGCAUCUGGCCUUCUUUCGACCGGUGUCGCAAACACAGAAAUCAUGUGUGCAUCCAAUGAGUACGUCAACUUUCUCCCGCCGGCAGGUCAGUCGUGUGCCAGCUACAUGGCCUCUUACAUCUUUUCGUACGGUGGCUACUUGGUCGACCCAAACAACACUGAACACUGCGAAUUUUGUCAACUGAGCAACACGAAUGAGUAUCUCAGCACUGUGAACAUCCGGUACGAGGAUCGCUGGAGGAACUUUGGCAUUGUCCUUGGGUAUGUUGUUGUCAAUGCUGUCGGGGCUUUGGCUGUGUAUUGGCUAGUUCGGGUACCCAAGGUAGGAGGAGGCUUAAUGAGCAAACUGAAGAAGAAAUGUGGGAGAUAA